AUGGAACUGUAUGAAUUCUUUCUUCAUUUGAUGACAUUUCUCCCAGGUGCUGCUGUCAACAUGCUUCAGGAGAAAGCAUUUGUCAAUCAUACUGCAUACUUACGAUGUAAUUUUCACAAUCCUGACAACAUUGAUGUGAAGGAACUGAUAGUUUUUUGGCAAAAGGAGUCAGAGGUUGUGAAUGAGGUAUAUCGUGGGCAGGAGCUAUCCGACAACCUUGAUCCUAAGUACAUAAAUCGCACAAUGAUGGAUAUGAACACAUGGACUCUGUGUCUUCUAAAUGUUGGGAUUAUGGAUGAAGGGCAGUAUGUGUGUAUUAUACAACACAAGAAAAGCAGCGGACUGGAGAAGAUAUAUGAUUCCAAGUCCCAAUUGUUUGUUAUUGCUAACUACAGUCAGCCAGAAAUAGUGAAGCUACACAAGGGAACGGUAGAACCUGGCACAGCUUUGAAUCUCUCCUGCUCCUCCAGCUGGGGCUAUCCAGAGCCCACACAGAUGAGCUGGCAAGUUUCAAAGGGAAACUUGACUGAGGAACAUGUGGACCAAAUGGCAGUUUUUCAGGAUGACAAAACAAAGCUGUAUAAGGUUACCAUCACUCGGACCAUCCAGGUUCCCAUGGAUACCCACAUUAACAUCAGCUGCCUGGUUUACCCAACAUGGAAAAUGGAAAGCCUUGUCUCAAAGUCACUAUGCAUUGCACCAGAACCAGUAACACCAGUCAUGCACCCCAUUAUUCUGCUUGCAGUUGGGUUGAUAUCUGGAGUGGUCAUAGCUGGUGUGGUCCUUGUGAUGGUGGUGAGAAAGAGGAGUAGAUGUAACACUUCUACCAGCCAUU